GUCAAAAAGAGAAGGGCGGAAGAUUCGUCGUCCUGAUGGCCGUCCGGCCUCGAGCGCGACGAGCGCGUUCGACGGGUCCUUGGUGCUGUGCUGGAGCCGCGAAAUUCAUCCGGCGUCAUGCUUGCAAUUUGUGUGCUCUGGCCAGCGCCGACGCCCAUGACUUAGCGAGCUCGCUCGAGGGCGGCGUCUAUGAGUCAGCCUGUGGAUGAAGCUGAGGGCGGCAACUCCAUCAACUCAAUCCAAAGAAGCCAGCUGCUGUUCCGCCGUGGGAACAACGGGUCAACGUACAGGUGUGCAGGCGGUCCUCUUUGGACGCCGGCCUGGCCUGCUUGCCGCAGACCGGACAGCCGUUGCGACGACGGAUGGCGGCCGAUCCCGACACCAACGAUGGUUGUGGUCAAGAGCUGGAGACCGGCGUCGCAUCCUAACCUCGAUGCUUGGGGAAUACACGUAUCGGGAACGCUGCGUUCCUUUCGUUCGCAGCAAGAAGACAAAAAGGAGCAGAGCGUGCCUACGGCAACCACCACGGCGUCUACCUCACACCUGUUUGCAGAUCACCGUGAAGUGUUUUGGUGUGUGGGCAGAUCGUGACGUAGGACGGGCUCAUGCGAUGCUCCGUCAAUCAGCAUGCGAAAGGCGAGGCUGGGGGCGAACGCCUGUAUGUGAACUCUAGAGCACAGCAAGCAAUGCACGAAUGAAAGCUUCGCUUCCAAAUCAAGCCCUCCCAUUUACUAUAGCGGUCAAGAACAAGGCGCUGGAAGCGUUGCUCGCUCUGUACUUUGCGCAAGCUGUUCCGUGAACGCGACGUCGCGCAAGUGAAUUCAAAGCGUGAAAGCACAGCCUCUCCAUCCUCUUACAUCCGCUGAAAAAAAAAAAAAAAAACAAAAUAAGAAAAGA